CUGGUCUGAACAUGAUCACAGACCAGAUAAAGCAAGUGAAAUCAGUAUUAUACUGGGUUGUGAGACGUGAUGUUAGGUCUCCUGUUGUCCAGGCCAUCCUCAUUGGACCUCAUCCCACCUUAGAAGGGUAGCACCGUGAGUUGGCACUGUGCACUGUUGUCACCACUUCUGCCUGGCCUGCCUCCCUAACUAACUGCCAUCUACUGUCCCCUCUUCUCCAGAGCAAAGCCUCUUACUCAUGCUACUGAGGACUCUGGGACUGUGGCCCUUGUUAGGGGCAGAGAACAGAAACUUGCCUGCUCUCUUUGCCUCCUGACCUUGCAGUGUGCCCCCAUUCCUCUAAAACAACCUUUCUUAUGAGCCAUUUAAUACGCAGCCCCUGAGGUGGGGAGGAAGAAUGUGGUGUGGCCCAUGCCAGGCCAAGCCAUGUGGAACAGCAUUUCUCAGGGGCGGGCCUGGGUCCACCGUCCCAGGUGCACCGGGGUACUUGUAAAAAAGCAGGCUUCAGAGGUUUACUCAGAUUUUCUGGAUUUGGAUCUCAGAUGGGUGAAUCCUGGGGAUCUGCAUUUUAACACUCCCCAGCUGUUCCUGGGGACUAGGGUAAAAGCCACUGCUGGAAAUCCUUGGAAGAUGGACUCAGAGCCAGGGUGGGGGGUGGGCAGUGGACUGUGAGUGUCACAGUUAGGGAGGUAGAGAGCGGCAGAGCCAUCAUGGGAGCAGAUGGGCCCAGACGGGGGACAGAUAGGUGCUGAUGUCCUUGACAGCUCUGUGUGACGCCCUCUUCAGUUCUUAUUUAGGGCCUGUAUGCAAGGUGUGCCAAGGCUUGUGAUAUCCACCGUGGUAUGUUUAGGGUUAUGGCUUGUCUCUGAAUUAACAUUUGGGUCAGUUCACAUGGGUUUGAUCGAAACGUAUGGUCUGCAUAUGACAUGUCAGCCUAUCUACUUGUGUGUUCACGUCUUUAUCUCGGUAUCUUGAGUCAUUUAUCCACCCUGGUGUGUGUGUGUGUGCGAGUGAAUGUGUGUGUGUUGUGCAUGUGUGUGUCUGAACAGGACUGGCCCCCUCUGGACCAUAAUCCAACCUCUAUGGGGGCUCUGGAAGGUCAGGGUUUGGAGGAAACUUGGUGGGAGCCUGGUGGGGCUGGGGCAGGUGAAGGUGGGGUGGUGCCAGGGUGGGGGUGGGCAGGAGUGCGUACUAAGGGCCUGGCACUGCCAUUUCCCUGAGCGGGCGAGUCUCAACAGCAGGCAGACAGGUGAGGCUGACCCGACAGGUUCCAGAGGCCAGGGGCAAUGGGGCGGAGCAUGGCUCUGAUUUAGGGUGGCAACGUGUUGGGGGCCCUGGCACAUACAGGGCGGGCAGGCAGGAGGUGGUUCUAUUGGUAUCUUCUUCCUGCUGCAGCCGGCCCAGGGUGCAGGCCAUGGAGCCUGCUGGAGGGUGAAGGCAGCCAGGUGGGCAGGAAUGUUCGGAGGCCUAGGGCCUGGGGACUUGGGGGCCCAGGGCAUGGCGGGACCCCUGCGGGGCCGGGUGGAGGAGCUGAAGCGGCCGUGGUGGCGGGAGGCCUCACCGCUGGUGCUCCAGCACAGUGAGGCUGCCCGGCUGGCGGCCGACGCCCUCCUGGAGCGGGGCGAGGCUGCCUACCUGCGGGUCAUCUCCGAGGAGCGGGAGCUGCCCUUCCUGAGUGCUCUGGACGUGGACUACAUGACCAGCCAUGUGCAUGGGGGCCCUGAGCUCAGCGAGGCCCAGGGACUGGAGGCCUCAGGGCCUGACCGCCUCAGCUUGCUCUCUGAAAUCACCUCAGGCACUUACUUCCCCAUGGCCUCUGACAUAGACCCCCCGGACCUGGACUUGGGCUGGCCUGAGGUUCCGCAGGCCACAGGCUUCAGCCCCACCCAGGCUGUGGUCCACUUCCAGCGGGACAAGGCCAAGAACAUCAAGGACCUUCUGCGUUUUCUCAUCAGCCAGGCCCGCACGGUGGUAGCUGUCGUGAUGGAUAUAUUCACGGACAUGGAGCUUCUGUGUGACCUCAUGGAGGCCUCGAGCCGGCGUGGUGUCCCUGUCUACCUGCUUUUGGCUCAGGAGCACCUAAGGCACUUCCUGGAGAUGUGCUACAAGAUGGACCUCAACGGGGGGCACCUGCCGAACAUGCGUGUGCGGAGCACAUGUGGGGACACAUACUGCAGCAAGGCCGGCCGCCGCUUCACGGGGCAGGCCCUGGAGAAGUUUGUUAUCAUCGACUGUGAGCAGGUGGUGGCAGGCAGCUACAGCUUCACCUGGCUUUGCAGCCAGGCCCACACUAGCAUGGUGCUGCAGCUGAGGGGCCGCAUCGUGGAAGACUUUGACCGGGAGUUCCGCUGUCUGUAUGCCGAGUCUCGGCCUGUGGAGGGCUUCUGCGGUGGUGAGAGUCCCGUAUCUCCCAGGGCACUGUGUCCUCCCACAGUGGCCCUGGGCUUCCGGCCCAGUGUGUUGAGCCCUGCAUCCUCCUCACCUUCCAGCACCAGCCUUAGCAGCAUCAAACGCUCACCUCUAAUGGACCACUCCUCUUACCUCAGUCCACCAGGAGGCGGUGGCUGCAGUGACACGGGUAUGGGGUCCUCAUCCCUGGGCCCUGCCUGCCGCGGGGCCAGUGGCCAGCCCUCUCUGAAGCGCCAGCUGUCUGACCCUAACCAUGGCUCCCUGCCAGGGCCCUACAGGUCCAAUCUAGGCAAGUUAGGGGUGUCCCCAUGGUCCCAGUCCUCCCCUGCCCUCAACCACAAUGGUGCCAGCCCCUUGACCCUGGCAGUGGGGUCACCUAUGCUUGCCCGCCAACGCCCCCUCCUCCCCUUCCCCCAGGGUGUUUCAGCCCUAUCCCGGCUCCCAGAGAAUGGGCUCCUGAGAAGCCAGGAGUCUAGUCCCCAACGAAGUCGCUGGGUACCUAGCACAGCCCUGGAGACAGUGGAGGAGAAGAAGGUGUCUCUGAAUCAGAGCCAUGGCCAGUUGGAUCUCCUUGUCCCCUUCCCCAGAGCCAGAGAAGCUGGAGGCCCUGAUUCUGGGGUUGACCCCAGCUUGGGCUCCUUCUGGCCUGAAGAGCAGGCUCCAGAGGACAGGCGGUUGUCCCCAAACCAGAGAUAUAACCAGCUGGAUCUCCUGCCCCAGACCCAGGGUGCUGGGGGUACCCCUGAGUCAGGUUCCCCCAGACCUGGCAAUCAAAUUCCAGAGGACAAGAGGCUGUCCUCAAACCACAGCCACAGCCAAUUGGACCUCCUGGUACAGUACCCCAAGACUGGGGGCUCCAGAGUGCCCCCUGAAGCCAAUUCCUCAGCCAGGGCUGACAAGCAAAGUCUUGAUGAGCGACGACAGACCCUGGGCCACAGCCAGCUGGACCUCAUCACAAAGUUUGGCCCAUUCCGGGGUGAGGGGCCUGGGCCCAGUGGUCUCCCCAGACCAAGCCCUGCUCGAAAGGCUGGAGUGGGCUCUGGGGAUGAGAAUAGGCUGACCCUGGGCCACAGCAAGUUGGACCUCAUUACCAAAUAUCAUCAAUUGCAGGGCACCAGGCAAGGACCUGACCCUCACCUCCCUGGGGGCCCCACAGGUGGCCAUCACAAUGGCAGUAGCAAUGGCCUGUCAGGGGAUGAGAAGCGGCUGACCUUGGGCCACAGCAAACUGGACCUCAUCACUAAGUACAACAAGUCCAAGUUCAAACUUCUCCGAAGCCGCUUUGAGUCCUAGUUCUGCUCCCAGCAAGGACAUGUCCUUCCUCCAUCUACUUGGAUUCUAGAUUUACUCGGGUUCCAGACUCUGGGGUUCUCCAGCAGGGCUGCAUGGGGAGCAGAGGGUGUCUAGAAGCUCAAGUUAGAUACUCACUGAGUUCAGAAUUCUUGUUUACACACUUAAACACACACACACACACACACACACACACACACACGAAAACAGAAACCACAGUACCUGCCAUUUGCCACUGUGCUGGGUGCCUUACACAGGUUAAUUCUCAUCCUUCAUCCUCACAACAUUCUACAAGAUAGACCUCUAGCAGGUAUACAUUUCUAGGAUCAUAGGUACUAUCUUCCCUAUUUUAUAAAUGUGGAAGCUGAGGCCCAGAGAGUUUGAUGACUUGCUUGGAAUCAGAUCCAAGUGGAACCAGUGGCAGAGCUGGGGCCCAAACCUGUGUCCCUAAUGCUUAAGAUUGUGUUUUUGCACAGACAUGACACACCAUUAUCAACAGUUCACAUGUCCCCAUGCACACAAAACACACACAUCACAGAGAUGCCCCAAAUACCUGUACAACACACACAACACCCUGACAGGGUUCAUACCCACAAACUGAAUACCCAUAGACACUCAGUAAGUAAACGAAGGUCCAUGUGAUAAACCCAAACACUCAGAAUUCUAGUUAUAGGUACUCAAUAAAUGUAAUGUGGCUAAAUGAGUAGUGAAACAAAAUAUAUGCAUUCAGUGCACACUGUAGACCCCUCAGGAUCCACAGACAAUAAAUAUGCACAUAACCACAUACACACACCAUACACACACACAUAGGUAUGCACACAGCAACCAGUAUCUUCUUUGGCCUAAGCUGUGUACCUACCGCAGGGUUGACAAGUGAAUCAGACUCAGGCCCUGGGAGAUAAGGAUAAAUACAUAAACCAAUGGCAGGCAAGACAGAGCUGUAUCUAACUCAAGGAAUCAGUGGCAGGGGGUGGUGACAGUGGAGUGGUGAGGAAAGUUUCAAAGGAGGCAGACUUUGAGUCAACCCUUGAAGGAUGGGGAGGAUUGGACAGAUGGAGGAGAAAAGGAAUUCCUGGUAGAGGGAAGCAGGUGAAGAGAGGCCAAGGACAGGACAGGAUGAGUGGGUCUGAGAUGAACUGGGGAGGAUAUAGAGGGUGUGGAUACUCAGACUCUGACACACACACACACACACACACACACACACACACACACACACAGAAGCAUAGGCUCUGAUAGGUUUUUCGUCUUUUCCUGAGCUCACCACCUGCCUGGGACAGUUUACACAAUACAAAUCAAUAAAGGCAAACAUGCUAUGACCCA